AGUCUCUUCUCGGGCCCCGGAGCCCCGCGGGCGGCGCGUCUGCCCUUCUUUGGCCAAGCCGCAGCAGCAGUGUCAGUGUGUCCUCCCGGGCCGCCCCCCGCGGGCGUCAGAGGGAGGCGGGCACCCCGCGCUGUGACGGCGACGCCUGCAGCCGCGGGAACGCACCAGUCAUCACUGUCGCUAGAGAGCCUGGUGACCUCUUGGCCGCCCGCCCCGGAGGUUCAGAUGGCACAGGCGAAGAUCAACGCGAAAGCCAACGAAGGUCGCUUCUGCCGCUCCUCCUCGAUGGCGGACCGCUCCAGCCGCCUGCUGGAGAGCCUAGACCAGCUGGAGCUCAGGGUUGAAGCUUUGAGAGAAGCAGCAAGUGCUGUUGAGCAAGAGAAAGAAAUCCUCCUGGAAAUGAUCCACAGUGUCCAAAACAGCCAGGACAUGAGGCAGAUCAGCGAUGGAGAAAGAGAAGAAUUAAAUCUGACUGCAAACCGUUUGAUGGGACGAACCCUCACUGUUGAAGUUUCGGUGGAAACCAUUAGAAACCCACAGCAGCAGGAAUCCCUAAAGCAUGCCACCAGAAUUAUUGACGAGGUGGUUAAUAAGUUUCUGGAUGAUCUGGAAAACGCCAAAAGUCAUUUGAUGUCGCUGUACAGUGCUUGCUCUUCUGAGGUACCACCUGGGCCUGUUGAUCAGAAGUUCCAAUCUAUAGUAAUUGGCUGUGCUCUUGAAGACCAGAAGAAAAUUAAGAGAAGAUUAGAGACUCUGCUUAGAAAUAUUGAAAACUCUGACAAGGCCAUCAAGCUGUUAGAGCAUUCUAAGGGUGCUGGUUCCAAAUCUUUGCAACAAAAUGCUGAAAGCAGAUUGAAUCAAUUUUGAAACUUAAAGUACUUAACAAAUAAUGAUGUGAAAAAUGAUAAAAUACUAUUUUAUGUAAUAACUAGUUCUUUAUGUUAGGUAUAACCACUCAGUUGAGACUGAAUGUUGUCUCAGAUGAGAAAAAUAUUCUAGUGUUAUGAGUUUUGCAAAUAAAACAUUUAAAACUAGAUAUAUUUUUAUUACCUAUAUAGUUUUUCAUUUGAAUUUUGUCUUAUACUGGGAUCUAAUAUAU